UUUAUACGGGGUGGGGCCCGGCCAUGUCGGAGGUGACCCGGAGUCUCCUGCAGCGCUGGGGCGCCAGUUUGAGGAGAGGCGCCGACUUCGAUUCUUGGGGCCAGCUGGUGGAGGCGAUAGACGAGUAUCAGAUAUUAGCAAGACAUCUACAAAAAGAAGCGCAAGCCCAACACAAUAAUUCCGAAUUCACAGAAGAGCAAAAGAAAACCAUCAGCAAAAUUGCAACAUGCUUGGAAUUGCGAAGUGCAGCUUUGCAGUCCACACAGUCCCAAGAAGAAUUUAAACUGGAGGAUCUGAAGAAGCUAGAACCAAUCUUAAAGAAUAUUCUUACAUAUAAUAAAGAAUUUCCAUUUGAUGUUCAGCCUGUCCCGUUAAGAAGAAUUUUGGCACCUGGUGAAGAAGAGAAUUUGGAAUUUGAAGAAGAUGAAGAGGAGGGUGGUGCUGGAGCAGGAUCUCCUGAUUCUUUCCCUGCUAGAGUUCCUGGUACUUUAUUACCGAGGUUGCCCUCAGAACCAGGAAUGACGUUACUCACAAUCAGAAUUGAGAAGAUUGGUCUGAAAGAUGCUGGGCAGUGCAUUGAUCCCUAUAUUACAGUUAGUGUAAAGGAUCUAAAUGGCAUAGAUUUAACUCCUGUGCAAGAUACUCCAGUGGCUUCAAGGAAAGAAGAUACGUAUGUUCACUUUAAUGUGGACAUUGAGCUCCAGAAGCAUGUUGAAAAAUUAACCAAAGGUGCAGCUAUCUUCUUUGAAUUCAAGCACUACAAGCCCAAGAAAAGGUUUACCAGCACCAAGUGUUUUGCUUUCAUGGAGAUGGAUGAAAUUAAACCUGGGCCAAUUGUGAUAGAACUAUACAAGAAACCCACUGACUUUAAAAGAAAGAAAUUACAAUUAUUGACCAAGAAACCACUUUACCUUCAUUUACAUCAGACUUUGCACAAGGAAUGAUGCUGACAUGAAUAACCUGGAAUUUCUGUGGAUUUUGCCACUUGUUAGAAACCAUCACAGCUCUGUGUAGCAUGUUCAUCCUUCAGAAAUCAGAAAGCAAGCCGUACCUGUGCCCACAGGCCAGAGUCCACUGCAAAGCUGCACCACAAACUUCAAAAUCUAGCACAUCACUGACGUAAAAAGACUCCUUUGGAUACAGGUGUAUUGCAGAUUUUAAACCAUAUUUUUACUUUUCUAUUAAUUAUGCAAUUAAUAGUAUGUUUUGUAAGUUACCACUACUUCUGCCCUGCUUUGUGGAAAUAUACUGUUGUGGGUAGGUUUGCUCAUCUUCAGACUUAAUACAGCAAUAAGAAUGUGCGAGAGUUUAUACAUCUGUUCACUGUUGCUCCAAUAUGCUCUAACUUAGGUUGAGUUAAUUUCAAACUUUGGGUUGAGGUGGGUCGAAUAACAUGAAGCUGCACUGUGAGGAGGUGGACCAGUUACGCUGAGGUGGUCUGUCUGGAGAUGACAGGCUUGCUCCUUCGAGGUAGCCUGUCUUCACUCUGAUCUGAUCGCUUAGAAACAGUGUGCCUUGGCCAGAUCAGCAUCCCGUGGCUGUGAGUUUUUCCAGAUGACCAGGUUGUUAUUCUGAAAGUGAGCAUACUUUUAAUCAUGUUGAUUAACUGUUCUUCUGCGUCACAUUGUUAUUCUUUCUGAUAACUCCAGGGUUAACAUUGGAACCAUCUCAGAAAUACAAAUUUUUACGUAGGUUUACAAUGUCUUCCAAAUCAUGUAAUCUAAAAUAAGUGAGUCACUUGCUAGCAUAUUACAGGAACUGCUGUUUUUCUGAAAACUGAUUGUAAAACCUUAAAACCUGCAUACCUGAUAAGUAUGCAAAAUCUGGAAAGAUAUUCUAUUUUUUUUAAAUAUAGCUAGAUAGGAUUGCCAUUUAUUUCCUAUUUAGAUAUACUGAAUAUUGAAAUUCAUCCAUAUGAGAAUAUGUAGGUCAUUGGCUUAUUGUAAUUUGCCUAUUUACAUUACUGUUGACUUCACAGGGCAUAAAUAAAACUUUCAUAGUACACAUGAGGUGGCUAUUUGAUAUACAGAACAUUAAAAUUUAUGAUGAGCGUUCUGUGGGUUAGAUGUAGAUCCUGUAUAUUCUGACACUCACUAUUUUAAUAAACAAUGCAUGAGGGGAAUGCAAUUUCAGUACUUGGCCUAUUUUUAAACUAGUAUAAUAACCCUAGUCAUGCCACUAUGUAUGCUUUUUGAAAUAGGUAAUCAUAAUUAGUUGUUUUAGCCCUUGUACUUCAAGAAAUCUACUCUUUACUUGCAGUUGUCUGUUAGGUCAGUUCUGUUUAUUAGUUUGAUAUUAAUAAAAAGUAUAUGAGCCUCAAAGAAUUCUCAGCCAAAUUCAGUCGUGUGUCUCCUAUGGAUUGGAUUAAUUCCAGGUUCUAGAGUGAUUCAGUACACAGUAGCUCUAACAGGAUAAAGAAUUUGCCGUAAGGAAUUCCUUUGUCCAAUCUCCACACUGUAAGCUCCUCAAGGAGCAAUAGGAGCCAGGAGGUUUCCUCUGUGUCACUCAGAGUUCCCAGGUGCUUGGCAGCACGCCGUGCCCUGUGGAGAACUCACUACAGGUUUAGUGUUGUCAACCAGCCUUAAAAUAAUCCCUUUAAAAUCCUAUUAAAAUGUAGCCAAAUGAAUAUGUUUUCUUUUCCUCAUGACCAUAAGAUGUAAUCAAUGUGGUAAUUUAUAUGUAAAGAAACAUCUGCUGUCCUUCACUAAGUAUGGUUUAUGAACUACAAAUGCCUUUCAUCAGUUAUUAAAGAAGCUUACAUUGAC